UUGAUAUCGUAUAUACUUAUUCAUCCAUAAACUUUGGUGUAUAAUGGACCGACUUAUUACAGUACUUUGACGAUGAGGAAGAAAAAGUCUUGAUCUAUCAAUGGUAAGGUAAACUUGAAACUUGGCAAUUAAAUUUAUUGCCAAGAAAGUGCACAAAAAGCCUUUUUCAGUUGGACAACACGUAUCGUUAAUUACGCCCGCUUCGAAUCGAAAUUCUACGCCAAUUCGAAAAUGAAUAAUACUUCAGUAAUGCCUGACUGUCAGCUAACGCUAAGGACMUAUCUAAUACAGCAAGAUCGUUCGUCUCACUACGAAAACUUCCUCGUCUUUUCCAUCGUCCUAAACAGCAUCAUAGCUGUUGUAGCCUCUACAAGYAACGCCAUUGUCAUUUACACAAUAUCAACGAAUCCCUCGCUAAGAAACCCUUCGAAUAUUCUAAUCCUCAGCCUAGCGUCGUCUGACCUUGGAGUCAGUGUUCUAUCCCAGUCAUUCUAUUGCCUUCUUCUUGUGGCUGAACUCAAGCGCAACAUGGUACUCAUUUGCCAUGCGUCGACUGGCAAUUUUGUAACCGUAUGGGCCUUUGUCUUUAUYUCCUGUCUAACUCUUGURCUUAUUUCSGCGGAUCGYUAUCUAGCGCUUCGUCUACAUUUAAGAUACAAAGAAUUGAUCACAACUCGUCGGUACAUCGUAGUGCUUAUCAUGAUUUGGGUUUCAGGCUUUGGAGUUGGCGCUCUGAGAAACUACGCACCUUCAGUGCACGGACUGGUCAACAUUGCUUUUGGAAUUUUUGCUGCUGGUUUCGUUUUCCUGGUAAUGGUAAAUGCAUUUUUCAUUGCGAAAAUUGGAAGACUUAUUCGUAGACAUUCCAAGCAGAUUCGAGCUCAAAAAGUUAAUAUGCCUCAUGGACAACGCCUUAAAAGAUCUGUGUAUACCAUCUACUAUGUGAUCGGGUCGUUUGUCUUAUGUUACGUUCCUUACUUUGUUCUGUUAGCAAUCUCAAGGAUAUCUGAACUCAAACGUUCAGAGAAAGUGGCUUAUUACUAUACCAUGGCAGAGACCAUUGUGAUGUUAAAUGGUGUCCUCAAUCCAGUGAUUUAUUGCUGGAGAAUCGGAGAGCUUCGUCAGGCUGCGCUUCAAACUUUAAAGAAGUUGUACAGCUGCAGAAACUUAUAGAGAGAUUGAAUUAAGCGCAUGAGGACGGGAAAGUCGAAAAAGUAAUUUCUACCUCAAAGCUGUAAAGAUUGUGAGAAAAAAAGUUAUAAAAACGAAAGCUAGAUGAGCAGCACACGGUUCUUCAGCAUUACAGUAGACUGAAACAGAUUGAAUUUAGUAAUAAAUAUAUGUGAAAUACCAGGGGCGUGUUGAGGGGGAGAUCCUGCUUUGUUUUAAGGUUUCAAGACGUCUGUGAAGAAGUCGGCGAUUGACUGCAAAAUUGCAGACACACCAGUAUUGUUUUCGAUUACACCGAAAAUUGUCUGGCUUCGUGACCGUGCUGUGUUGUGACUUUUGCACAGCCAUGCAGCCUACUCUUUUGUCGGGCUUCCUGUCCAUUUUUUUCGAAAUUCAGAUUCAAUCACCUUUAAGAAAGCCCAAAUAUUUUUUGAAGCUUAUUAACGAAGAAAUUCCAAUACCACUAUUGCAACCAUGGCAAACUAUUAAAAUUCAUAUUAUGAGAUCAAAUUAAGCAAAAGUAACAUAGGAGCCACACUAUACAGGGAUGAUAAGAUGGAAGCCCGAGUUAAGGUGAAUUAAAAAAUUGUAUCAAAUUAAGAAGGAGAAGAAGAGGAUCGCUGGAAACGUAAUAUAGAGUCGAAUUCAAAAAACAUAACACAAAACUUUAUUUUGACAUCCUCUUUCAUACAAAAGCAUUGGCGUGGAAGAACGUUGUUUAUCCAUGUAAUUAAAUUUUAUUCUAAAACUGAAGCGAAUUAAAUUGAAAGGUAUGCGGGAAUUAGCUUAGUGAAAAUGAAGACAGAUUUGAUCACAUCUUCUCGAGGAUAUGAUCAUUAUCGUCGAAUUGUCAUUGAAAUACAAGAAUACAUUAUUAGUUUACAGCAUGGUAUACUUAAUUUACUGUUCCCUUUUUUAUUAAAAAUUAUUCCAUUGUUUUAUUUUUCACUAACGAAUAAUUACAAACGUAUGAUAUCUAAAGCGCGUCGSCGCUCAAAAUUUGAUGAAAUCAGACGCGAGCACUACAAGAAGCGUAGAUGCGAAAGCGUUGUGGAUUAACAAACGUAGAUGUAGAUAAGUCAAGUCAUAAGAAGGACAAGCAAACUUUAUCCAAAACCUCUUAAAAAUAGCAACUAGAAAGCAAAAUAAUAUAUUAUAYACGUAAUAAAGCACUUUUUGUGAUUAUAAA